AUGAAAUUAAUAGCAUACUCCAGUAUUAUCUACGAGAUGAUAUUGGUUAGGCAUGGCCUAAUGAUUGUUGGGGAUCCAAUGGGUGGAAAAACACAAGCUUAUCAAACAUUGGCAAAUGCUUUAAGCCAACUGGCUGAGCAGCAAGAAAUGAAUGAAAAUCCUGUGAUAUAUGGAAUAAUUAAUCCCAAGUCAAUCCUUAUGGGUCAACUUUAUGGGCAAUUUGAUCCUGUCUCCCACGAGUGGUCUGAUGGGAUACUGGCGGUGAUGUUUCGAGAGUUCGCAGUUGCCCAAGAUACUCGUCGACGCUGGAUACUCUUUGAUGGACCAGUGGAUGCUGUGUGGAUCGAGAAUAUGAACACAGUUCUUGAUGAUAACAAGAAGCUCUGCUUGAUGUCUGGAGAGAUUAUUCAAAUGUCAAAUCAAAUGAAUUUAAUUUUUGAGCCAGCAGACCUGGAACAGGCUAGCCCAGCAACUGUAUCUCGAUGUGGAAUGAUCUAUAUGGAGCCAAUGCAGCUUGGUUGGCGGCCGUCAGUUCAAUCAUAUAUCCAGCACAAUUUGCCUGAAGUAAAUAAUAUUAAUAAUGGGUAG